AUGGGUGCCAACGCGUCAAAGCAAGAGGCCAAUGGCCAGUACGAGUGGAAGGCCUCAGGGCCUCCCAGCGUCUCCGUCGAAGUCCUCGAUUCGCUAAAGUCCAGCCCAGAGACCGACGCCUCCCGCGCCAAAUUGAUCGAGCAGCAUGUCCAGGCGCGCGUGGCCGAAGAGCUCAAGAAGCUCCAGAAGAAGGAAUCCGAGGCUCUCAGUGUUGCCCACGAGAAGAUUGCGUCGUCGGAAAACAGCGACGAGAACAAGCUCAGCAGCUUCUCGCUCGGAAAGGAGGUUGACGAAAUGCGGCGCAAGCUGGAUGAGAGGAAAAAGGUCCGCGAGCUACCAGAGAGCGUUGAGAACGCCCGCGGCGCUGUGAUUCGAUGCUUGAGGGAGCACGACCGCCGGCCGCUGGAUUGCUGGCAGGAGGUGGAGGACUUCAAGGCCGAGGUGAAGAAGUUGGAGAAGACUUGGGUCGACAAGAUCACGUCAUAA